AUGGCUACUACUACUCGUGCUAAACAUCGUAAAAUUGAAGAACAGCAAAGUUCAUCAACUAAUAUUGCAGAUGAUAGUUAUGAAGAUGAAUUAAAUAAAGAUAAUUCUUUUGAUUAUAUCUCUGAUAAUGAUAAUUUCUUUGAUAGUAAUUAUAUGUUUGAUAAUGAAAGAGAAUUUGAAAUAGAAAAUACUAGUAAUAAUAGUCAAAGAAUUAGUUUAGAAAAUUCAAGUUCAUCUUCUGAGUUAUUAGUACCAGCAAAAAGAAAAAAAAAAGCUAAGUCUUCAACUAAACCAAAGACAUCAUUUGUUUGGCAAUUUUUUUCUCAGCCAAUUGAUGGAAAAGUUCAUUGUCAGAUAGCUAAUUGCAAAGCAAUUCUUGAAUAUUGUAAUACUCCAUCAACAAUGCAAUCUCAUCUUCAUGGUAAACAUCAAAUAACUAAAGCUUUAUUAAAAAGAAAAUCAGCUGAAGAAUUAAGAAAAACAGGAUCAUCUUCAAAUAUACAACUAUCAUUAGAACAAACUUUAGAAGUUGUAAGGCCACAUUCUAAAAGGCAAACACAAAAAUUACAUAUUAGUCUUCUUAAAUUUGUAGUUAAUAGUAUGCAGCCACUUACAAUUGUUGAGAAUAAUGAUUUUAUUAAAUACUCAUAUGAUUUAGAUCCUAAAUAUAAGCUUCCUUGUAAAAAGGUGUUAAAAAAUAAAAUUGAUGAGGCAUAUCAUAAUAGUUUUAUUGCAAUUCAAGACAAAAUUAGUAAAGAAGCAACUUAUGUUAGUAUGACACUUGAUUUAUGGAGUUCUUCUGCACAUAUUCCAUAUUUAGGAGUUACAUUACAUUGGAUAUCAAAUCAGUUUAUUCCACAUGAAAUUCUUUUAGCUAUUAAAGAAGUUUCAUAUCCUCAUACAGCUAUUAUAAUUAAAGAAGAAACUAAAAAAUUAAUUAGUGAAUUUCAUCUUGAAACUAAAAUAGUUGCUUUUAUAACUGAUAAUGAUAGUAAUAUGAAGUCUGCUAUACAUCAACUUGAAAUUGGAUCUCAUAUUUCUUGUGCUGCACAUACUCUUCAGCUUA